CGAGAUAACGACCGAAUCUUCGGUCUAGAUCCUCAUAUCUGUAGUCAAGUUAAUUGCAAAUUGACCACGUUCACAUUUUGCGAGGGAAUCAGGCGGCGUAAAAUAAAAUGACGCUCUUUCACUUUGGAAAUUGUGUGGCUUUGGCAUAUAUCCCCUACUUCAUCACAUACAAGUAUUCUGGACUAUCAGAAUACAGUGCUUUUUGGAAAUGUGUUCAAGCUGGAGCCAUCUACCUGUUUACACAGCUAUGCAAGAUGUUGAUUUUAGCCACUUUCUUCCCUACAUCUGACGGCACAACAGGACACCUGGAUAUCAUCGGUGAAUUUAUGAAAUCAACCGUUGACCUGGGUGACCUGGUGGGUUUUUACUUCAUCCUGACCAGCGUGGCUGGUAAGGGUGACCUGAGAUUCAUGACGGCAGGAGUCGGUUGGGCAACGGCAGAGCUGAUCGUCACCCGCGUGCUGCCUCUGUGGUUUGGGGCCAGAGGAACAGAGUUUGACUGGAAGUAUAUUCAGAUGAGCCUUGAAUCCAAUGUCAAUUUGGUCCAGCACCUAGCCACAGCAGUUUUAGUCUGGCUGUGGAGCCGUCAUGAUCUCAACAAAUCCCUGCGACCUAUCGUCAUCAUUCUUCUAUUCCUUAGCUGCUACAAACCGCUCAUUGUGGAAAUCCUCAUCCAUGCUGUUGGUCUGGGUUCCUGGAUUCUCCUCUUGGCUAAGUUCUUCUACACAUCCUGUGUGGGGCUCGUCGCUCUUCAGCUCUACGUUGGACUGACAUCCACAACUGCAAACCACUUUGCAGCAAAAUGAACAAAAACACAAUUGAGAAAACCCUUUUUUAUUUAAUACAACGUAACCCGAUUUGGGGAAAUUUGUUUCACUGUCUUUGUGCACAAUAUUGUGAGAAGGUUGGCGUGGUGCAACCCAGGGGAGGGACAAGGAGACAAUUGCCCCCCACCCCCCUAAAAAAAAGCCUUGGCUGUGCCACAUCGGAUGGUUGUAAAAUACGGAAUAAAUAUUGAAGGAUUCAGGACAAUUCCUGUUGAAAGCUUCUUUUAGAGUUGGGGUUAAUGUGACUCGUGUACAACUUUGGUGUCAACAUUUGUGAUAUUUUACAGAUGUGAAAUAUGCUGGGGAAAAAUUAAAGGAACUGGAUUUUCUAAACCCUUUUCUACAAUAAAUUUUCCACUUAACACUUCUGAAAGAGGAUAAAUGUUGUUUAGAAUUUUUAAAAAUGGUGCUUGUCAACCUGUAACAAUUAAUGUCAAAAUAUCUGUCUUAAGCCAUAUCAAAAUCGUUUGCUUUCAUUAAGUGAGCCUAUUCACAAGUCGGUCAUAUUGAAUUGAAAGUGAGAUUAACUUGGGGGGGGGCUUGAGAAUGUAAAUGGAAGCACUCAUUACGAAUGAAUACAAUCGACAUUGAUAAACGAUUGAAAAAUUGUGGUAUAUUAUAUCUAAAUAUUGUAAGAUGAACUGAUAAAAUGAAGAAAAUAAACAUGACGUGCGACUCAAAAUAGUCAGGCACCAUCCCUUUUGACAGAUAAUAUUGAGUAGGACAAUUUCUGGUAACAUGAUCGAAAUGGCUUCCUUGUGGAUAAAGUCUGUUGAUUUGCAUUUCAGAAGUUUGUUUUAUUGGAAUAGUGACAAUAAACUGUGUUCUCUCCUUGAGUGUCUUGUGGCACUGACUUGUGCAGUGG